AUGAGGGUGGCGGCGGGUACGAGCCUCAAGGUCCCUCCGAGCAACUUUGAAUGUCCCCUGAUGUAUGAAGUCUCACACCACAGUGGCACAGAUAAUAGUGUCGGAAGUUCGGUCACAGCUUGUAAGAAGGUCCUUUGCAGUAACAGCCUGCUAGAAUCAACAGACUAUUGGCUCCAGAAUCAGAGGACACCAUGUCAAAUUGGCAUCAUGGAGGACAAGUUAGAAAAGAACUGCAGCUCAGUAUGCUUUGUGAAUCUGGAUGCAGACAAAGCUGAUUACAACAGUGAAUUCAUGAAACAGAGAUUGGUCAAAAUCUCCCCAAAUCUUCCAAAGCUUAUUGCCUCAAUGAAUGUACAGCCACCAAAAGACAAUGAAAUUAUUUUGCUGAGUGGAUUAACUUCAGGAAAUCUUCAGGCUGAUUUUGAAGUGCCCCAGUGUUCUUGGCUGGCAGAUGUCUGUCUUGUUCAGUGUGCAAGAGGAAACAGAAGGAAGAACACAAGCUGCAUCAUCUUUGAAAUAAACAAGUUUCUGAUUGGCCUGGAGCUCGUGCAGGAGAAGCAGCUGCAUAGAGAGGCUGGCAGCUUGAAGCCAGAGGAUGAUACUAACUGCUCUGUAUCUUCAAUAGAAGAAGAUUUUCUUACAGCAUCAGAACACUUUGAAGAGGAGGAUGAGGAUGAGGAAUAUAAACAGGGUGAGGAAAAUCUGAGUGCCAUAGAACCUGCAGCUGAAUUCAAAAUGUACAGAGAGGAAGUUUGUGAAGACUUGCAUUGUAAAAGGGCCCAAUCGCCCUUUUUCCUAAAAGAAAGCUGCAUUAGUCAUGAAAGCACAGCUUCUACUAGAACUUCAGGGUCAUCUGAUGAAGAAUAUAAUAGUGAAACUGAAGACAAUGUUUUACAAACUGUAGAUGAAGCCAUUAAGCAGCUUAAUUGGAAAGUUGGAAAGUAUACUACAGCUGGGAAAUUUAAGCCACUCUCUAGUGCUGAUGAUCAGAAAGACUUUUCCAAAAAUGAUAACAACAACUCGGACAGAUCAGAAAAUGUAUCUUUGACUGUAACAGCUAAGGAGGAAAUGAUUUUAUUGGAUGAUAUAAUUGCAGGACAAAAAAGUCAUUUGGGUAUGUUAGACUGUAGAGUUGAAAGAACACCUCAUCCUCUCAUUCAAAAUGAUCAAGCUCCUACAGGUCAGUUUGCUACAAAUUUGGCAGAGUCUGUCCUGCAAGAUGCAUUUAUUAGAUUGUCUCAGUCAACUUUUGCCAAAGAAACUGCCCUCAGCAUCUCUGUCAGCAACUCCUUAACUUCAACAGCACAUGCAACACAGAAUGAGAUGGCUUGCCACUCAUGGAAUGUACUUCCAAAGAUUGUUAUUGUUCAGAGUCCAGAAGGUUCUGAUAAUAUGACUGAGUGGCCUGGGUCUAACAUGAGUACUUGGUCAGAAGUUGAACAUUCUUCUGAUGCUGCAGAUUGGUUCCAAGAUAAUAGUCCCAGAGAAAACACUCAGAAUACUUUGGAAGUAGCUUUGGCCUGUGCAGCUACUGUCAUUGGUACCAUUUCAAGUCCACAUGCUGCAGAAAAGUUCAAAGAACAUGAAUCCAUGAGCUCUACAAUGACUGUGAGUGAUAAUGAAGAACUGGAGGAAAAAACUUCCCAAAGUGCCAAUAGUAAUUGUAUCUCUGUGGAUUACUCAUUUCCACCUGCCCUUUCAGAUAUGGCUCAGGUGGCAAAUGUAGUUGCUGUUCAUGGACUUGGUGAAAAGAAAGAUGAGUAUCCUGUAACUUCAAGUGGACUUUUAUCUGCAGCUGAGACAUCAGCAGCUGUUACACUCCAUUGUAGCAUAGCCAUUGGGAGCACCAUGGAGAAUCUGAAUAAUAGCAUUGCACAAGCAUUGUUCAAAGAGGUGUCUCUAGUAUUAACCAGACCUGAUGCAUACAGAACUAUAGGAGAAUUUAUGGAGUCUGUAAAUGGAAAAAUUGUUCAGGCUGCAACAAAGCCCUCAGCCACCCUUCUGGAUGAAGUCAUUGUUGAUGAACUUGCUCAGAAUUUGUCUAAUGUUAUUCUCAGGCAUUCUGUGGAAGAAGUUAGAAAGAAGCAGCUAUGCUCAGAAAGGAACAUAGAUCCAUGCUCAGAAAGUACACAAGAUGUUUUUACUGCAACUGCAAAUCAGCUGCUAUUUAAUGUAUUAUACUUCACCUGCAAGAAAAUGAAUGACAUUGCACAACUUAAUGAAUGUUCAAAUACUUUCAUUGCAGAUAAUCUUAGCAAACAGGUAAUGGAUUGCCAACCAAAAGAGGCAACAAGUGAUGUAUUGCAUCAGUCCUCAAGCUGCUACAAUAAUAAGCCCACCAGCACCUUCCAUGACAAGGAUGGUGUAUUCAUGACAAAUUUGGUGAAGAACAUCAAAGGGGAAAUUGUGUCAAAUGCCUUGGAAUCUACCACACACUCUGUAGAUUCACUAUCUACAGUUAAUGCUCAGAGUUCACCCUCCAGAAAAACAUCUUCCAAGAAAAGGUAUUUAAAAAGAAUUACAAAAGAAUGUUGCAGGCCCAUAAAUCCUAAUAGCAAUCACAUGAAGAAAGAACUCUAUCCAUUUAGUGGCAGAGAAAACUUGACACCUGGCAGUGAAUGCAGCCUUCAAGAACUUCAAACUUCCAAUGUCUCCAUAACAACAGAAAACCAUGAAAAGUAUAUGUGUGAUGCAAUAUGGCAUGAUGAAAGCCAGCUUAGUGUGCCUUUCUUGGGUAAUCAAGGUUUUCUGCCUACCCGACCUCUGGUAUACUUGAAGCAUCCAGCAGAUAAAUACUGCAUAGCAGAUUUUGCAGAAGAAUUGGCAGAAACAGUGGUUUCCAUGGCAACAGAAAUUGCUGCCAUUUGCCUUGAUAAUUCAAAUGGCAAGCAGCCUUGGUUCUGUGCAUGGAAAAGAGGAAGUGAUUAUUUGAUGCCCCAGGCUUUGCCAUGCCGAUCUAUCAAAAGGAAAAAGGAAACCCAAUCCAGUGGAUCAACUGUGAGAAAACAUAGGCCACCUAGACUUAGUGAGAUCAAAAGAAAAACUGAUGAGCACCCUGAACUAAAAGAAUGGCUUAUGAAUAGGGUAGUGGAUGACUCCAUUAACCUUGAUGACACCCUUGAUUUGAGCAAUAACUUUGCAAAUGAAGCAGCUGCUAAAAUUAUGAAUUUAGCUGAAUUCUCUGUGGCUGAUAAUGUAUGGCAGAGUCCAAACCAUCCUCGAAAUAGGCUCCAUUGUGACAGAUGGAAUAGAGUCAAUGCAUCCAGCUGUGAAAGCAUUCCUGAGGAGGACUUGGAUUCUAAAGGGUCUGCAAAUACUUUGGCUCUUAUAAAUACUUUAGGGCAGCCAAUAAGCAGAACUAGUUCAGUCUCCAAGCAGUCCAGUUGUGAAAGCAUUACAGAUGAGUUUUCAAGAUUUAUGGUCAACCAGAUGGAAACUGAAGGCCGAGAGUUUGAUUUAUUACUUGACUACUAUGCUGGGAAAAAUGCAAAUAACAUUAUAACUUCUGCGCUGCAACAAGUCACCAAAAAGGAUGGCCACCUCAACGUGAGGCCAAGUUGCCCAUCCAAACAGUCAAGCACAGAAAGCAUAACAGAAGAGUUUUAUAGAUAUAUGUUAAGGGAAAUUGAAAAAGAACAUAAAGAAAAAGUAUAUUCUGCUAAGAAUGCAAAGGAAUGGAGCAGCAGCUUAUUACUUCCCUCCCAACGAUCAUCUUUUUGUUUCAGGCAAUCUUCAGUCCCUGAUAGCAGAUCCUCAACAUCUAGGUUAACAGUAAAUAUGCCCAUUAAAGCAAAUUCAUUCGAUGGCUUUUCUCGCAGUGGCCACCAGGAUUCCUUAAGUGGAUAUCCAGUCAGCACAGCAUCCUCUUCAGGGCUCUGUAAAUCAGAUUCUUACCUGUACCAAAGAUGUAGGACUGACCAGGUAACUGACAUGCUCAUUCAUGAGACCUGGGCAAAUUCCAUCAGAGCUUUAAUGUGCAAGAAUAAAAUAAUUGCAGACAGUGGGGAGGUUGCAGAGCCUGACCAGCAUCCUUAUGACUCUCCACCACAUGUUCAGCAAUAUGCACACAGGCUUGCUGCAAAUAUUGUUGAAAGUGGGAAAACUUUAAUUGCCAUCCACCAAGAUUCCACAAAGAAAGAUCAUGUCACAGAAAGCAGCCAUAUCCCAGCAGGGAUGCAAAACAAAUCUAAACCUUUUGGAGACAGAAUAUAUUUAGAUGAGAAAGAACAGCAGGCCUCAUUCCCUGAAUUGUUUUCUAUAAAACACACAAGCUCUUCUUCUUGCCUAAGGGAAGUGCCUUUAAUCCAGAUCGAAACAGAUCAAAGACAAGACCUUGAUAAUGCCUCGGAGCCUUUAAAUGAAGUUCACGGACCAGAAAAUAAUGAAGAAUUGCAGGAUAUUCUUGUUUCAUCAGGAACAUCUUUCCCUAUUCUUUUAUCAAUUAGUUUGACAAUGUAUAGUUGCCCUGAAUCUGAAGCCUCUGUGGAGACUAAAGCAAUGGAAGAGUUUCCAGUCCCUCUUAGCAGCAGUGAAGAAAGCACAUGCAGCAGCUGGUGCCAGCUGGCAAACAAUCCUGAUGAUACAAGCAGCUAUUUGCAACUCAGCGAGAGAUCUAUGAGCAAUGGCAACAGCAGUACCUCUAGCAGUCUUGACAUUAUGGAUCUGGAAAUUUAUCAGGAAAACAUGCCAUCUUCUCAUGCAUUUAAUGAUUUAACAGAAGGAAGGCUUUUCUGUGAGAAACCACCAGAAAAGAUAGAAGCAUGCGUUUCCAGGUUGUCUGUUGAAACUACUAAUGCACAGAAGGAUCUCUUGGUGAUAAACCUGGACCUGGAACCAGAAUGUCCUGAUGCAGAACUGCGUGCUACACUUCAGUGGAUUGCUGCAUCUGAGCUCGGGAUACCCACGAUCUAUUUUAAGAAAUCUCAGGAACACAGAAUUGAAAAGUUUUUAGAUGUUGUGCAGUUUGUCCACCAGAAGUGCUGGAAAGUGGGUGAUAUCUUUCAUGCUGUGGUACAGUUUUGCAAGCUCCAUGAAGAAAGCAGAGAGCCAACUCUGAGCCUCUUUGACUGGCUUCUUGAGCUAGGAUAGAAACCUUCUUAAAGACCUUAUUUACAUUUUUAAUCCAUUUUAAGUGGCAGUGAUCUGUGAGUGGCCCUGUUUUAUUGAAAAUCUCAACACAUAAAUUGAGCUGAAAAUCAGAAACUCUGCCGCUAUAUCAUGACCCUGUUCCAAAGCUGUGCAAAGAAGGGAAAUGAGGA